AUGACGUCUGGCUUCUACUACCCAGAUGAAUCCAGGAGAGCCCCCCUGUGGUCGCGCCUCUUUUCGUCCACGUAUGCUGGGUAUCGCCACCUCAAGCCUUCCUCGUCGAGGCGCCCCGGUCGCUAUCGUCGCUUUCUAGUGCGCCGGAUCUGCCAUUAUCUGUAUGCCGUCGUCGGGAUUGUCCUCACCCUCGUCGCCCUGACGUCGUUUUUCCGACCCUCCUAUAGCCGGCCACCGCCACAUUACUUGUCACUUCGGGAUGCGGUAUCCCAGUCGACAGAACCCGGGCGAGGCAACCCCCGCCACGAGAAAGUAUUUAUCGCCGCGAGUCUGUAUGACCACACGGGGGAGCUGGCCCGGGGCCAUUGGGGGGACAGUGUGGUCCGGCUGAUCGAGCUGCUGGGGCCGGACAAUGUGUUCCUGAGCAUCUAUGAGAACGACAGCGGGCCCGAGGGCGAGAAUGCGCUGCGAGAGUUGGCGGAGCGGGUCACGUGCCGCAAGGCGAUUGUGUUCGAGGAGCAUCUGGACCUGGCCGGCUUACCGACUGUUGCCGUUCCCGGCGGAUCACGGCGGAUCAAGCGUAUCGAGUACCUGGCGGAGGUGCGGAACCGAGCGUUGCGGCCCCUGGACGACCACCCCGAGGUGCGCUACGAUCGUCUGCUCUACCUGAACGAUGUCGCCUUCCACCCGCUGGACGCCCUCCAGCUCCUGUUCUCCACCAACGCGGCCGAGGAUGGCACGGCCCAGUACCGGGCCGCAUGCGCCGUCGAUUUCAUCAACCCGUUCAAGUUCUAUGACACCAUGGGCCUGCCCUUCUUCCCGUGGUUCUCCAGCGCCGGCCAUGGUCUGAGCCGCCAGGAUGUCCUCGCAGGCAAAGAUGCUGUGCGGGUGCGGAGUUGCUGGGGAGGCAUGGUAGCGUUCGACGCGACGUUCUUCCAGCGUGGUGCCAAAUCGCCGACGGCGGGUGUGCAAGCUCUGGGCUAUGAGGAGGGCACCUCGCCGGCUCGCUUCCGGGCUUCUCGUGAUACGUUCUGGGAAGCGUCCGAAUGCUGCCUGAUCCAUGCCGAUAUUCAGAAACCUCAAACGGACGUGGAGGAAAUCACCGACACCGGGAUCUAUCUCAAUCCGUAUGUGCGGGUUGCAUACGACAGUGGCACGCUCUCCUGGUUGGGAACGACCCGACGCUUUGAGAAGCUGUACUCGUUGCUCCAUAAUAUCAUCGAUCAUCUCGUCGGCCUGCCGUGGUUCAAUCCUCGUCGCACUAAAGUUCCGGGUCAGACGGCGCAGGAGAUAGUGUGGAUCCCCGAUGAGCAUGAUGAUGGGAAUGGAUCGUUCCAGCCGGUCAACCGGAUUGCAGGCACGGAUGGCUUCUGUGGACGUCGGGGACUCCAAGUCAUUGUCGAACAUCGCCUAGAAGGGCAGAAGGACUCCGUGGGGUACGGCGUCUCUCACUUGGACAUAGAGUAUCACAAUAGCAAACGGAAUCUUCCUGACCUGUGUCACCCUGAUUGUAUGCACCCUUCCCAUUCACUCGCCAUGUGCCCGCCAGUCACAGUCGGCGAGCAUUAUGCAGAAGGUGUGGAUCUGACGAAGCGGAUCACGCACAUCAUCUGUGGUGUCAUAGAAGCCUUCAUGGAUCGGUCUUCUGCCGGGCUGGAGGAAAGCCGAUAUGCCCCCAAGGCGGAGGCUCGGGGUCAGGCCCAUCUGAACGCCCCUCAGCGUCGUUCCGGUAACCAGCCGGCUUCCUUCACUGCAGUCAACCCGUCUUACGCCUACGGUACUUCCACGUCGGCGGCCUCUUCCCCUUCACGACUCCCUCCCCCUGUUCAUAACCUUACCUCUUCCUCCUCUGUCUGCCCCUCCUCUCUCAAGUCUUCCUCGCCCAGCACCUCUGUGAAAGCCAUGCCUGUCAAGGCCCCCCCUGUCGCCAAUGUCGACGACACUGUCGGCUUUAUGGCGGCUGCUCGCACCUUUAAGCUGAGUCAAAGCUACGGUUCGCCUGCGGUUGUUUCUGCCGUCGACGCGUCCAGCGAGCAGGGCAGUCUUUCCAAGUCUCGUGCCGGCUCCACUGUCGAUGCUUUUGAUCAUGAGUCUACUGUGCUACGUGACGAUGCCUUUGCUCCUGGGGAUUUUGACAACCACUCUGGAGUGAACGUUGAGACUCCCAAGGCCGAAGAGGCGUCCAGCGUGACUGGUGACCUGACGUCCCAGAAUGACACCCCUGUCACUACUACCAGUGCUCAUCCGGUCGGCUCGGAUGCCGUGACUCCUGCCAAUGUCGACGAGCAGGAUCGCACCCACCUUGCUACUUUCCAGAGCUGGGGCACUCCGGCCGUUCGUGACAAGCCAGCUGCUCAGGUCCGCCGCAUCAUCAUCAAGAAACUGCCUCCUGCCUGGUGCAAUCCUGCCAAGGUCCUGUCGUUGGUCCACGGUGGCGCUAUCCAGAGUAUCAAUGUUACUGACAAGGGAACCGCACACAUCCUCUUCUGUAGUCCUGAGGCGUGCCAGGCCUUCCAUGAGCAGUAUCCCGAGAAAAUCAACAUUGACCGAGAGAGAGCACUCACCGUCUCUGUGGAGAUGGGCAAGGACGUUGACGUGGUCAGCUCCCAGCUUGAAUUCUACCUGAGUGUCGGCUCGACUCGCGCUGUGAGAGCUGUCGGCGUCGACAUGGAGACCAGCAUGGGACAGCUGUACAAAAUUGCCAGUGACAACGGUCGCAAGGUCGAAAAGAUCGUGGACGUGUUUGUACCGGGCGUUACCCGUAGCGUCGUCUUCCGCUUCUGUAGCAUUGAGGAUGCGGUGCGUUUUCGGUCUGUUCUUGUGCGCCAUGCCGACUGGGAGCAGUGCAAUGUGCAGUACGCACCUGACCCUUGCGAGCUCGCUACCGGUCUUCACGUUGACUAG